UCUGAUGCCAGUAAACAAGGCAUCCAAAUUGUGCCAGGAGUUAUUGAUUCAAACUAUCAAGGCAUAAUCUAUGUUCAAAUGUGGAGCCAUCUCCCUAUGAAAUUAAGAAUUGGAGAUGCAUGGGCACAACUCAUCUUAAUCCCUUGUGUAUUGCCAGCGGGAAGGGAAAAUUGUCAACACACUGAAGGAUUUGGAUCUACUGACCAAAUCCACCCUCAAAUAGCAGCAGUACUACAACACAUUCAGACUGAAAAACCCAAGCGGUGGUACCAGUUAAAUGGUAGAUCAUUUGAGGGAAUUCUAGAUUCAGGAGCUGAUGUUUCUGUAAUUUCAGAGCAUCUUUGGCCUACAGAGUGGCCUACGGAACCAGCACCUGCAGUUUGGGGCGUGGGCGGACCCCAAGUUUCCAAGCAAAGUACACACUGGAUUAAUGUGACUGCACCUGGAAGUCAUCGCACAGCUCAAAUCAAACCGGACCAGUGUGGAUUCCAGCACGGUGUGUGAAACCCUGGAAAGAGCAUGUCGUGGCAUCAAGGAUUGACCAACCCGAUUCCAGAAUUCUCCCUACAACUUCAGGAGGACCCCCUGAAAGCACGUGGCAGGGUGCCCGUCCAAAAACAUAAACCAACAUGGGGAGAGAUAAAGGCGUUAUCUUUCCAAGCUCAAAAAUUAUUGGAGCAACAGCACGUUGAUCCAACUCCAGAGAAUUUUCUAGUUGCUACAUUUGCUUGCUUAAAUGCUAAUUCUUUGCUGACAAUAAUUCUGUUAUUUAGCUGUAUAACUUGUCCAGUUAUAAGCACUCCACUACAUGAUAGAAUGCAGUACAAUGUAUGGAUAAAGUUAGCAAAAAUAGUAAACACCACUGAUUUCUGUCUUACUGAUGCUCCAGAUAUGCAUGGAUUACUUAGUACAUGUCUCAUUCCCAUAUGCAAAGCUCCUGGUUCUCUUGGUAAUGUUACUGGGUUGAGUAAAUUUCUGAACUUUAGUGAAAUUCAUUAUCAUACUAUGGCCCAAUGGGGAAUUGCUACAUACCAGUUGCCCCAAGAUGCUAUACAGUUAUACACCCCAUAUGUUGUAAACCACAAGAAUAACACAUGUGCUAGAAUGGUAAAUUGCUCUAUUCACCGUCCACUAAAAGGUUGUUUGUCCCCAGGGCCUUCUUUGUGGAAUUGUUCAAAGAUAGAAAAUGUAACAAGUAACUAUGGACACAUUAUAUUGCCAAUUGGAUGGUUUUUCACAUGUGGGUCUCGUACUUAUAAUUAUGUACCAGCUAAUAUAACAUUAACACAAUGUUGUCUUAGUCGCUUGACAGUGUUUCUACCACCCCGGCCUACUAAAAGCACUCGACAGAAAAGAGAGACUGAGACUAUGAAUGCAGUUUGUGAUGGAAAUGUUACUGUUUUAAGUCCAGCAGAAUAUAUCUCCCUGGCUAUGAGCCUUGUCGGGGUUCCUGGAUUGGCUGUGGGAAAUGCCAAACAACUUGGGCAUCUGGCAUGUUUACUAGCAAAGACAAUUAAUAGUACUUCCAUUGCUAUUGGACUUUUGAUUCAAGAACAACAAGAUUUACGCCAUGCUAUACUGGACAAUCGAGCUGCAAUAGACUUUUUGUUGUUACAAAGACAUCUUGGCUGCGAAGCUGUGGAAAAUAUGUGCUGUUUCAAUCUCACAGACAAUAGUAACCAAAUUCAACACCAACUGGACUUACUUAAAAAAUAUGCACAUGCAGUUAAACAAGAUAUUGCACCUGAAUGGUGGAAGUUUUUGUGGUCCUGGUUUCCAACAGGAUUGUUCAAAACUAUAUUUCAAUAUGCUGUAUUGAUUGUAUUUUUAUUAAUCACCUUCUGCUGUUUCAUACAAUGUAUCCCAGGAUUACUGUCAUGGUGUGUUCCCUCUUGCCGUCCCAAGGCUUCAAAACCAAGCAAACGCCAAAUUUAUUAUGCUUACAAGGCUUUACAAUUAAAAGAAUAAAAGGGGAGAUGUAGGGGAAAUUGUUAUCCCUCUCUUUGGCACACUUUCAGUAUUGGCAUACCAUGCUGAGAUGUGCUAGAACACAGGAUAACACUUUUAAGAUAAAGCCUUGCUAAGUAACAUCUUGGUACUUGCUGGCCAAUGCCUUGGAAUGUGCUGACGCACUGACUCAAGAGCCACAGAAUACAAUACAGUAUUGAAGACACUAUGCUGUGAUCACGUAUUUCCUUAACCCUUAUAUGGUAUAUUCAUGCUGAACACACACUAACCAACACCUCUUGUGCACCCCCUGUGCACGAGGCAAUCAUGCAUUUAACAUGCUGUACUUAACAACCAAUCAUAGCUUGUAUACAAGAAAUGUAACCACUUAGUUCUUAAUAAAAACCAAGCCGGGGCCGCCUGUUUGGGAUGCCUCCCCUUCAUGCA